AUGUCGAAAUUCUUGCUAACGAUUGGGGCACUUAUUUCUUCGCGACAAAUAGCAGCCGCAGAUUUGAUGCCUUCUAGCUGUGGCAACACUGUAUGUGCUCUCAAUUCCUAUUGUGAUUCGAAUUAUCAAUGUCAUUGUAAUGUUGGUUGGCAAGGAAAUGGAACGCAUUGUGAAGAUAUUAACGAGUGUAACCAGCCGAUAUGUCCCACAGAGGCCAGGUGCGUCAACUUUGCCGGGGGUUAUCGUUGCGAUUGUCCGAUGGGCUACGAGAUCAAAAUUGUCGUGGAUUCCUCGGGUCAAAACGGCAUGCAAUGUACUGACAUUGACGAGUGCGCAAACGAAUUUCAUCCUUGUGGGAAUUUAAGAGAUGAAUUCAAAUGCGUGAAUGUGCCCGGAACAUUCGAGUGUCAUUGUGCCGUGGGCAUUCGACUGGGCAUCGCAUGUAGGGGCUAUCCUCCACUCAUACUUCUCACCGACAAAUGGAUGCAUCCA